CCUUAUUUACAGGUGUUCGCAAGAAUGGCAGAUCUGGAUAUUGAAUCGAUACACGUCUACAGGAGAUUAGUUGAUAAUCUUCUUGCUCGAGCCGAACGAGUCAACCCGCAUAAGCGAAUCGAACCUCCGUUGACCGAAACACACCUCGGAGAAUCGAUCUGGCAGGUCGAAGGGGAUGAUAAGCAAAUUGUGAAUCGACUAAGCCAACAGACACGGUUUGCUGCAGCUGAGAUCGCAUUCAGGGAGAGGUUUUACAGUCUGCUUGCCACUACAUCCAUCGACGACCUGGCUUUUAUACAGAUAUGGAACUUGCUCGAUAUCAUCUCAAUAUUCUCGGAUAAUGAGCAGUGUGAGCCCGGACUUAUAUUUUGGCUGAUCGAGGAAUUACUUGAUAGCCAGACGAUUGAUGGCUGUCGCAAAGUUUUUGACUAUUUAGAGUCUCGAAGGGAACGGAAUACAAAAAAACACUUUAAGCAGAAAAGCCUAAUCAUAUUGAGAUCUUGCAACGAAUUACUGCGAAGAUUGUCGCGAGCUGAAGAUACUGUAUUCUGCGGCCGCGUCUUUAUCUUCCUCUUUCAAAGUUUCCCGCUAGGAGACAAGAGCGCCGUCAACCUUCGGGGCGAAUAUCACACCGAAAAUGUCACUACUUACGAUGAUAUACCAAAGGCAGACACCAAAACCAAAGAUGAGGUGGAUGUAGUGAUGUCGGAUGGGCAAGAGCCACCCACAACUACUGAAAGCCGGCAAGAGAAGAACGAGACGGAACAGCCUUCCCUUGCCCACUCCCAAACUCCGGCUCAAGACCAGCCAACAGCCCCGAGAGUGGCUAUCUCACUAGAUGAUGGUGCGAACGAGAAAGAGAGUGGCUUGGAUACAUUAUAUCCCAUGUUCUGGGGCCUCCAGGCGUACUUCUCCGCCCCGACAAGAAUCUUCGACCCUCAACACUUCGCCACAUUUAAGAUGGGACUUGAGGCUACUCUUUCUACGUUCGAAUCAGUUAAUACGGACCUCGAAAGUCUCAGCGCUAGCAAGACUUCUGAAGAGCUUCGGAAUUCCAACAAGCGGAAGAGAACUGUAGACGGCCAGGAAAUUGCAAGCAGUUUCAACCCUAAGUAUCUGACAAGCAGAGAUUUGUUUGACCUUGAGGUCAAUGAUACAGCGUUUCGAAGACAUGUUCUGGUCCAGGCGCUCAUUCUCCUCGACUUCAUGCUCUCACUCACCCCCAAAGCCAAGGCCAAGCUUGCCGAUUUGACUAACAAAUCUGUGCUGUAUGGCUAUGUAUUUACUGAGGAAGAUGCCAAAUGGGCAGUCAAGAUGCGAAAGGCGAUCGAAGAGUAUCUUCAAGAAGGCGUCGGUGGUAAAUUCUACUAUCGAAUGGUGGACACCGUUCUGUCGAGAGACAAAAAUUGGGUGCGCUGGAAAGCUGAAGGCUGUCCGUUGAUCGAGAGACCCCCUGUAUCCGUGACGGAGUACCUUGGUGCUCGCGAGCAUGCAACUAAAGCUUACACCAAUAAGCGCCUUCGGUCUUCACCAAUGGGCUCGCUUAAUUUGGAUUUCCUCUCUGAGGGUGAAUCACUAGCCGGCCUCGAGAGGCUCAAGGAUCCCCAAAGAUUUGCAGUUCCUUCCUCCGAUUCGUUCAUGAUGGGCAUAAUGGACGAUGAGUUGGAUAUAGACACUGCACAGGCGAAGGAGGAUAGAGAAAACGCGACUCGCGCUAAAGCUAGCAAGACAUGGCGUAUAUUAAGGCUUUCUGCCAAAAGCAAGCUUGCGGCCUUUGACAAGAUAGAGGACGGUAAGAACUUAAAACUCCUGUUUGAAACCCAACAGCCUUCCGAAGGAACCCCCCAAGUCCUGGAAGGCACCCCUCAGGCUCACGAGAUAACGACAAAGGCUUCGACCGAAGGCGAGUCUGGUGGUUUGGCACAGGAUCAUGAGCCUAGCAAUUCCGAGAAGGGGAAUACCACCGUCGCCACCGAGACAGGUUCGGCGGACUGAAGGAUGCAGCUGCUGCGGACACAUGAAGAGCGCCACAUCCCUUGUGAAGUGGCCAAAGGAAACAUCAACUUGAUUGGCUCCUGCUGACGCCGAAGAACGAAGGGCUACUACUAUGGCUGAUGGGUUCUAAAUUCGAUACGCCAUUUGACGAUACAGGUGCCUUUUAUGCAUCACUGUCACAGCGCUGAGGGGAAGCCUUGCAAUAUGGGUAAAUCAUGAGAGGGAACAGUAGACUUGAGUUUCGCCGGGGGGGGAGUUGGUGCUCGUUCAUUCUCACCUCACAAAAGACUUGAAGUGAGAGAUUACGGCGGGGACUUUGGCCACUUUGAUUGGCCUCAUUUGAUGACCCUCAUCUGGCGUGCUGUUUAGUCCUGUGGCGACACCCGAAGUUUUCCCCCUCGCCGUAUUUUAUUUUUUAUUUUAUUUUUUUUUUAGAAAAAAAAAUAAUAAUAAUAAAUAAAUAAAUAAAUAAAAAAGGGUUUGACAUUUCACCGUGUCCUGCAGGGAGAGGAGAUGGCCGGAGAAUUAAUGAGAGGGGCAAGGACACAGCAAAUGUACCACUGUCCGGAAAUUGAAGGCUUUUCGACAUCCACUCUGUCUCCCAAACGGGAAUUAAUUUCUGAUAGCCUGAGGUGUGGAAGGGAGGCCUACAAAUGGCCGUAUCCGGGCCCCUCUCGGUGAUACUAAGGCUGAGUCGGGGAGGGCGCCG